UUUGUUCACUAUUUCUGGAGUUGGUGUAGAAGUUGGCUGGUUUCAGAUUUUGUGGUAAUUUGAUGUUUGGAUUUUAAUUUCUGGCAGUCUGUUUUCAAUGUGGUUCUGUUGGUUUUUUGCCUGCUGCCUGGCAGCACGGCAGGAUGAGCACGGUUCGGAUACAACAAUUAAGAAACGCGUCAAAAAAUACAAACUGGAAGACCUAAAGAGAGAACUGAAGGCUUCGGGGGUUAAUGUUGACAUGGACAUGGAUGAAAAUCAGAAGAAUCCCAAAAAGAAGACCAAAAAGGAACUUCAAAAGCUCCUGAUAAGGGAACUGAAGCUGGUUGAACAUGGCAGAAUCAGACUGGACAAGAAGGCAAGGGAGAGAGCAGAGGGAUUAACUCUGCCCAUGGAGAUCCCUGAAGAUGUUGUAAUUGUUCUUAAUGACCUAGACACAUACUUGGACAAACAAUUAGAAGAAUCAGAGAUAAAUGAACAGAGGGAAGAUGAUAUACAGCUUGUGAUGAAAAACCUUCUGGAUCAAGUUGAAAUGAACAGUGCAGACAGAAAAGAGCUUGAGAUCACUGAACGGCAGAGGGAAGAAGGUGUAAAAGUUGAGCUUGACAGUUUCCUGGACAAAGUGGAUUCAACUCUGACUUCAGAAGGAUUGAAAGAAGAAGGAGAAAAGGUGAGCGUGUUGAGGCCAGAGGCUGGAGACUGGAAGAAGGCCGAGCGGGAAGCCCAUUUCUGGGGUGCCAGAGGCAACCACAAAGGCUCCAUCCCCAUUAAGGGGUUUCGAGUGGCAAGCAACAGCAGCAGAUGGCAGACCUUGUGAAGGUUGACAAAACCAUAAAUAAAACCAAUACCAGAAGUCA